AAACCAAGCUAAUGGGAGUCCUCUGCAUGAAUGACCAACCAAACCAACUCCCAACAUAAAUCUCCUUUCAAAAGCUCUCAUUCCUUCAUUUUCUUCUCUUUUAGUUUCUCCCACCCUGCAAACAACUCAGAAACAACAAUGGAGCCAAAGUACUAUACUCAAUCACCUCUCAUCAUCUUAUUUUUCUUCCUCUUUUGCUUCAACUUUGCACAAGCCGUUUGCAAGCCUCGGAAUUUAAAUUUAAGGUACCUAACUAUUCCCUCUACAUCACCAAAUUCUCCUUCAAACUCGCAGCCGGCUAUGUCCCCUACUAAGCCACAGCCGGGUCAAUUCUUCCCUUCAUGGCGCCCAACAGGUCCUCCACCAAGCCGUACUGCAUCAGCCCCAAACCCUUCUUCACAGCCUCCAGAAAAACCACCUCCUGCUGGCAAUUCUAUGUCUCCUUCACCUUCCUCCACAUCCUUUCUUCGCCACCCUUCUGAUAAUCCCAAAGACAGCCCGCGCAGCAACCUCUUCACACAAUCUACAUAUCCCAAAUCAGCUUCAUCUUUUGUCCCACCUAACCCAGCAAUCCAACAAAUAUGCAAAAACACUGACUACCCUGAUAUGUGCGUCUCAUCUGUGGCCCCUUUCCUACCAUUAGUACCCAAGCUGGACCCUGUAGCUGUGCUUGAGAUGACAAUCAAGGCAGCCACGACGCAUGCCAAGUUGUCGCUAGCCGCGGCCUCAAAACUUGUGCUGAUGAAUAACAUUGCCCGUGGCACAGCCGCUGCGCUCAGUGAUUGCAAGGACAUGUACGGUGAUGCCUUGGAUGGCCUUCAGAGUGCAAUGGAUGCAAUCCAGAGCCGUGACAUUGGCACGAUCAAUAGCAUGCUCAGCGGGGUGGUGACAGAUGCUGUGACAUGCGGGGAUGGGUUUGAAGGAGAGAAUUCUCCGUUAGGGGAUUAUGAUGACAAGCUUCACAAGAUGGCCAGCAAUUGCCUUGCCAUUGCUUCCUUGAUCAAGUGAUCAUGAUAUAUAAAUCUUCAAUUGCUUCCAUUUUGCUUUUGUGCUGUCUCUUUUAAUUUGUAAAAGAGAAACAUAAAAUAUAUAUAGCUAGACAAUUGGGAAGAGUAGAUGUAGGAAUAUGUUAAACAAGUACCAGCAUGUAUCAUUUGGAAUUACUUGUAUAGACAUAUAUAUACUUGGUUAUGAAAGAAUGUUAUGCAAAUACUCAUAAAUUUGCAUCUUUGCAUUCAAACCAAGGAUUUUGAAUA